AUUCUCAUUGACUUUUGCAAGAUACUACUUCGGAGAAAUUCUUGAUGGCCAUUAUGAGAUUCUUGCUGCUCAUGGGAAAGACGUGUUUUAUACUAUUGUUCGGGAUAAAGAUUUGAAGGUUAUACCCGGUGACCCGACAAAAGUAGCAAUAAAAAUCAUUCAUAAUAAUGAAACGAUUAUAAAGCGGGUAUGGAAGAGUUGGUCAUAUUGAAGAAGCUAGUUGCUUCAGAUCCUAAAGACAAGCGCCGCUGUGUUCAUUUAAUCUCUAGCUUCAAGUACUCGAAUCAUCUUUGUCUAGUAUUUGAGUCUCUCUGGAUGAAUCUCCGUGAGAUCCAGAAGAAGUUUAGGCGUAACAUUGGACUCAGCCUCGACGUUGUGAGGCUUUAUGUGAAGCAACGUUUCAAUGCUUUGAAGCAUCGAAAGAGUUGUGGCGUGCUUCGUUGUGAUAUUAAACCUGACAGCAUCUUGAUAAGUGGAAUGUUUUGAGUAUUGUAUCUUUUGCUGGCUUGCUAAUUCACCCACUUUGCAUCUGCUGAGAGUAGCUUUUCAUCACUUUGCUUUUGUAUGCGUAUGAUGACUUUUCUAUAUUUAAUUGUUAAGGUAAAUGAAGCGAAAGACAAGCUGAAGCUUUGUGACCUUGUGAGCCGUUUUUACCACGCCCCCGAGAUCAUACUUGGCUUGCCAUACGAUCAUCCGAUGGAUAUUUGGUCAGUAGGUUGCUGUUUGAUUGAGCUUUAUGCUGGGAAAGUCUUAUUUCUUUGUCAUACUAAUAAUGACAUGCUCCUUCUUCAUAUGGAACUGAAAGGUCCAUUUCCGAAGAAGAUGCUUAGAAAGGUGCAUUUACAUAUCAACAUUUUGACCAAGAUCUCAAUUUCCUCGCCACUGAAGAGGAUCUCGCUACAAAGAAGGCUAUAAGGAAGCUGAUUGUCAACAUGAAGCUAAAAUAUAUCAGUUCAAUAAUUUUAGGUGACCCAGGUGAAGAAUUAAAGAUGUUGGCUCAGUUCAAAGACUUAAUGGAGAGAAUCUUUGUGUUAGAUCCUCUAAAGAAAAUCACUGUUUCUCAGGCAUUAGAACACCCAUUCAUCACGAAGAAGUGAACAACAAUGAUGAUGUAACACCCCAAAUUUUGUAAAUUUAUUA